ACAUUUCGUAGCUAGCCACAAAUCUCUCACAACUCUUUUCGUUUGUCGUAGCAAGUUCAGUGGUUGAUUUGCUGGAAAUUUCAGAAAAAUGGGUCGUAUGCACGCUCCUGGUAAGGGUAUCGCCCAGUCGGCGCUCCCCUACAGACGUAGUGUUCCCACUUGGCUGAAGGUAACCCCUGAUGAAGUCAAAGACUAUAUUUUUAAAUUGGGCAAAAAGGGUUUGACCCCAUCCCAGAUUGGUGUGACUCUCAGGGACUCGCACGGUGUUGCCCAAGUCAGGUUUGUGACAGGCAAUAAAAUUUUGCGUAUCAUGAAAGCUAUGGGACUGGCUCCUGAUCUACCCGAAGAUUUAUAUUACUUGAUUAAGAAAGCUGUAGCCAUUCGCAAGCAUUUGGAGCGUAAUCGUAAGGAUAAAGACAGCAAAUUCAGAUUGAUUCUGGUUGAGUCACGUAUUCACCGUCUCGCAAGAUAUUACAAGACAAAGAACGUUUUGGCACCUAACUGGAAGUACGAGUCUAGCACAGCCUCUGCUUUGGUGGCUUAAGUUAAUGUUUUAUAAGAAUAAAUUUUUUGGAAAGUAA